AUGGCUCCCUUUGAUUUCAAGUCCAACAAACACUUUGUUGCUUCAUCUGAUGGGGUUACCCUCCAAGUCUACGAGUUGACAAAGUCAACUCUCACUCAUCCAUCUUCCAUCCGAAAGACUCACUGGAGGAAAGUAGCCAACAUCAACACCAACCUCGACGGCAGUGGCGAUGAUGAUAACACGGCGGAUGAAACGAGGACUUAUGAUGGGUUGGUGUUCUUCGAUGGCCAUGGGAAAAUUGAGAGGCGAGAAGCAUUGACCAAACUGGCCCAACACCUGAAGCGGUUAAGCUUGAUGGUGAGCCCCGGAGGGCACUGCUUUCAAGAUGUGAACGAGCUUGGAGGGUACGUCGACUUUGGGCUUCACUAUCUCCGACUGAACGAUCUGUUCAGCUGGCCCCAUCAUGGAGUCGACCUCGCUAGAACUGACAUGUGGCGUAGUUCAGAGUUGAAGUACCACAAUCCCAGACAUAGUCAGGGAUCAAAGCAAACGACAGGAGGAGGCAGCACAAUCAGUAUGGAGAAGUACAAGGAGCUGAAAAGGCUGCUGACGGAGAAGGAAGAGAAACUGGUGAAUCUAAAAGAGGAGAUGGACGACGAGUUGCAAAAUUUAAGAGAGAAGAACGAAGAUGAGUUGCAAGAGCUGAGAGAAGAAAUGGGCAAGCUCAACGAAACAAAAGAAGAAGAAUUGCAAAAGCUGAGAAAAGAGAAGGACGAGGAGUUACGAAAAUUAUCAAAGAAGAAGGAUGUUGAACUCCAAAUGCUGAGAAAAGGGAAGGACGGUGGAGCCAUUCUACAAAAGUUUCGGAAGGAGAAGGACGACGAGUUACAAAAGCUAAAGAAUGAGAUGGGGGAGGAGAUGGAAAAGAUGAGGAAAGAGAAGGAAGAUGAGCUCGAAAAGUUAGAAAAGGACAAAGAGGAAGAAAUGUUGACCAGAUUGACGGAGAAGGACGAUGAAUUGCAGAAAUUAAAGAAGGAGAAGGACGAAGAGCUGCAAAAACUCAAAAAUGGUAAAGCCGGCGGAGCAAGUUUGCAAGCGUUGAGAAAGGAGAAAGACGAGGAGAUAGAAAAUCUCAAGAGGCAGAAGGACGAAGAUAUCAAGAAGGCGGUGAAGAAGAAAGAGGCAGAGACCCUACGCGAGAAGGAUGAAGAAUUGCGGAAGCUAAGAAAAGAAAAGGAAGACGAAAUUCAAAAAUUGAUGAAGGAAAAAGAUGAAGAGAUUAGAGGGAAGCCAAUCAAGUACAGUGACAAAGAAGUGGAAGAUAUGAAGAAGGAGUUGGCAAAGCUACGGGACGAACUAUCGUCGAGCACAGUUAAGUGCUCAUCCGUGUUGUCACCUGGUGGCAAGGUCCUACACGGAGUCCCCAACAACGAGGAGUGGGCGUUCCACGUCAGUCACCGGCGGCCAGUGCCGCCGGAGACAUUUUGGUGUUUUACAGGCCAGGUUAGUCGGCACAACGUCAAGGUUUUUUACCUGCCUGACUUGACGGAGCCACGACUGAGCGCUGUCUAUAAUACCUAUCAUUCGGUGGACGAAGGUAUCGCAGAAGAGUGGCUUGCUCCAUAUGAAAAAUGGGUACACACAGAAACUUCCGGCCAAGGGCAGUUCGACGUGAACAAUUGGUGGUUUGCGAAGACGUCUGAUCCUGAAGGCGGGACGACGAUGAUGGCUUAUUACUAUGGGGAUCGGUAUUGCAUUCAUCAUAGUCGGUGGGGGACGAUUCGGAUUCCGUUUCCCAAUGGUGUUGAUUUCAACGCGAAUCGGAAUUUCUACAUGGGUAAUCUCUGUGGCAAGAUCGUGUUUUGUUUCACGUUUAGGAAUUAG